AUUUACUUCACCUUGUUCAUCCUUUAUAUUCACCCUCCUCAUCUUCUGAACCCACACAUACCUUCCAAUCUUCAUUCUUUCUUCUUGUUGGAGUGUCUCUAUACCAGACAGAAAUGGAGAGGGAAAGAAGAAUGCAGGUUUCUUUGUUCAUGUGGGUUUUGAUAGCUGGUUUGCUCUCCCAAAACUUGGUCAUUCCAGUAACGUCGACUGGUUUUGAAGAGCAGAAGAAUUACUUCUUCUAUCCAGCUCCAGACCCUCAUACGGGAGUUACCCCCCCUCAUACGGGAGUUCCCCCCCCUCAUACGGGAGUUCCCCCCUCAGGUUCACAUGGGACACCAUCACACGGUUCAGGAGGUAGCUAUGGUGGCACAACUCCCUCUCAUGGAACCCCAUCACAUAGCGGUGGCUACCACCCAACACCUUCAACGCCUUCAGGUGGAAGUUGUGGAACUCCACCACAUGAACCAUCGACUCCGUCAAGACCAUCACACACUCCUUCACAUGGUGGAUAUUACCACUCCCCUCCAACUUAUGGAGGUGGCAGUCCUCCAACCACUCCCAUUAUUGAUCCAGGAACUCCAAGCGUUCCCACACCUCCAUUCCUUCAUGCUCCAACUCCACCUAUUGGUGGUACAUGCGAUUUCUGGAGGAGUCACCCAACAUUGAUAUGGGGAGUGCUUGGUUGGUGGGGCACUUUAGGCAGGGCAUUCGGUGUGACCAGCAUUCCUGGGUUCGGAGCAACCAUGAGCUUGCCACAAGCACUCUCAAACACACGUACCGAUGGACUCGGGGCGCUUUACCGAGAAGGGACAGCUUCCUUGCUGAACUCCAUGGUGAAUAAGAGGUUCCCAUUUACAACUAAGCAAGUCAGGGAUAGUUUUGUUAAAGCACUUGGUUCAAACAGUGCUUCAGCAGCUCAGGCUCGUCUCUUCAAGCUCGCCAAUGAAGGCCACCUCAAACCCAGGGCCUCCACCUCAAACCCAGGGCCUAAACAGCACCUUUGGUUUGUCAGUUUCUUGAUGCAAUUUAUCCACUAG